GCUCCGCCCAAGGCGAAGGUGGAGGUGAAGCAGAUCUCCUAUGUGGAGCUGGCCAAGCAGCAGGAGCAGAAGGCAGAAGCUCAAGAGAAGCAAGAGAAGCAGGUGCAGCAGGUGGUGGCAUCUUCGCGCAAGAGUCGGAAGGCCAAAAAGAGGAAGGACGUACCAGAGACGCCCACGCAAUGGGAGAGGAGCCACGUCAUGCCCAAGGCAGACCUGAAGCGGGACGCGACGCUGCACUUCGGCCAUGAGGACGCGACCCUCGAACAGCCAACCAAGUCAACUGCCCAAGGCUACGGAGGGCCUGGGGCCCGGCACGGCGGUGCGGCUGCAGGGCCUGCAGAAGGCCCCGGAGCUGAAUGGCGAGCUGGGCACGCUGAAGUCCUGGGACGCGGGCUCCGGGCGCUGGCUGCUGCGGCUGGCGAGUUCGGAGGAGAAGCGCCUGAAGCUCGAGAACCUGGAGGUGAAGGCGCUCUUGCGCGACGGCGCGCCGGUGCGCCUGCGGGACCUCGACACCCAGGAGCUCAACGGGAAGACGGGAGUUUGCAGGGCCUGGGACGAGCCCAAGAUGCGGUGGAAG